AUGAACGAAACGACAACAAUAAGCGCCGACUACAAUGCUGACGAUCAUCCCGACAUUCCGUGUGCGAACUUCUCCGGUUAUAACUACGAGACAAAAGCCGGCGUGAGAAUGACAUGGGAUGGACUGCCUUUACAUGGACACCUAAACGAUUACAUUAACACCUGGAUUGCGGUGACGAUGUUUUUGGAGCAAAACAACCCGUUAAAACGACGUGCGGCGAUUCGCUUUUCAAUCAUGCUAAUCACCACGCAUCUCACCGUCAUCUUCUACUACUUGGCCAAGAAAUUGCUCACCGACAGCGAUGCACUUCCUCUCUUUUGUUAUCUCCUGCUCGAUUUGGCCCCUUUCCUGUGCUAUUGCAUCAUUGCCUUUUUCGUUAUCGUUUUCAACUUGCAACCGAAAGAGGGAACACUACAAAAGAUCACCGACGUGUCGACAUCGACAAGAAACUUAACG